AUGGAAUUGAAUUUGAGGUUUGGAGAAGGUGUUGAAAAAUAUACAAGAGUAAAUCAGGUGUUGGACUUGAGCUAUGACGCCUUGCCUUAUUAUUUGAAACCAUGCUUCCUUUAUUUAGCAUGUUUUCCCGAGGAUCACAAGAUUGAAACAGAGAGAUUGUAUUUAAUGUGGAUGGCGGAAGGCUUCAUUUCAAACCAAGAUAAAGGACCUAACGAGACUCUAAGAGAUGUGGCUCAAAGAUAUCUAACUGAACUUGCUAUGAGGUGUAUGGUUCAACUCCAUGAAGCUGAGAUCUACUCUCCACAUGACAAGUUUGAUUCGUGUGGGCUUCAUGAUUUACUGCAUGAUCUAUGCUCUGCUAAAGCUGAAGAAGAAAAGUUUCUAAAGCGCAUUGAUGCUUCUAAAUAUCUAACCGACAUUCUUUCACCAACUGAAACAAGUUUAGUAGUACCUCCAUCCGUUGGCAAUUCUAUAAGCAGAUUAGCUAUAAGUUGUGACUUCAAGAAUGUAUCAAGUAUAGAUGGUUUAGAGGAAGUUGAAGGGCUUCGAUCUUUUAUGCUUCUCCAAAAGUCUUUUGGUACACCAUACAUUGGUUGCAAAGAGAAUACAAUUGACUUUAAGAUGUCGCAAUACUUGAGGAUAUUUGUAGCGGACUGUAGUGUGUUUGAAGGGGGAACGUUACCAAGCAAGCUGGGUGAACUAAUUCAUUUAAGAUACUUGAGUUUGAGGGGUUCUAAUGUAAGUGAGCUACCAAAGUCUGUAUGCAGCUUGCCAUACUUGCAGACCUUAGAUUUGCAAGUAUCAUGGAAGAUUGUUAUUAGAUUGCCAAAUAUGAUUUGGAAGAUGAAAAGGCUAAAGAAUUUGUUUCUCUAUCCCAAUAUAGAAGUGAUUGGAGGGGACAAACUAAGACUAGAUGGGCUACUGCAGUUGGAGACAUUAAAGUACAUCACAAGUGAGACUUGUUGCAUUGCGGAUAUCCCCAAAUUGAUCAGUCUACAAAGUCUACAUGUUAGAGUUUGUGAUGAGGAUAGCAUGUCAUUUAUGUUGAGCAACAAAAAUAGCCAAUUACGUGAGACUCAUCUUUGGGUCGAGUCAUGUGAUCUAAGUUCGGAGAAAGAUAAGGUGUUUUUAAACGAUGGGUUGAUGUCUCCAUCGUUGGUUACUUUGGAGAUGGAGAGAUGCAAUAUGAGUGGCAGUUUUCCAUACUACAAACAAGGGAUGUGUCAAAAUUUAGUAAGUUUGGUACUUUUGCAUUGCAAGGUCAAGGUAGACAUGGAGGAGUUUGGCAAGUAUCCCAUGUUGCAAGUGCUAAGUUUAGAGAAAAUCAAAAUAACAAAAACAACAACUUUCCUUUCAAAUUCAUUUCCACAACUCAAGCACCUUGGAUUAUGCGGGUUGCACGGUUUAAAGAAAUGGGAAGUUGAAGAUAGAGCAAUGCAAAAACUUACUUUCUUGGGUAUCUCUGGGUGCCCCAAUUUGGAGAAGGUUCCAGAUGGUUUGAAAUCCAUCUCCACUCUACGAAAGAUGGAUAUCACGAAUAUGCCGAGAGAAUUCAUGGAGAGAGUAAAUGAAGAAGAUUAUGGGCCAUAUGUCAAGAAAAACGUUUGUAUGGAGGAUAUAUACGAACCAUGAAAGAGGGUUGAAGCAAAAGAUGAGAACUUUCUGGUCCAACAAAGUUUC